GUUUCUCUCUCUGCCUCUCUCUCUCCUUCCCUCCUUCGUUCCCAAACUGAUCUCUGCCUUCUUUCUUCCUCAACGCCGUUAACUUCUUCAUCUUCUUCUGAGUGAUGGGUGUGAGUUACCCCUGCUGUCACACUUCUGAUAUCACCGUGAUCUUCAUCACGAGCUUCUUCCGCCAUAAGCCGUAGAGAUCAAGGUUGGUAUCAUGACCGUUUGAGGUAAUUCCGGGAAUUCGUAUUCAGGACUGAUAGUUUGCCAUGGCGGGUGGACGGGCAUUUGGCGGUUCUAAUAACAUGACCGUUAUGUUUCAAAACCAAGGGAAUCCUUACUCCUCACAGUCUCUUGAAGCUCUCUUAAUUUCUACCUCUUCUCCUUUACAUGGUUCGAGUGCAAUGGUCAGCUUUGAGAAUGUUCGUGGAGGAAACCAACCAGACAAGUCUUUCUUCCGGUCCCUUGAGCAGGAAGAUAAUUGUGAUGAAGACUUGGAUGAAUGCUUUCAUCAACCUGAAAAGAAGAGACGGCUUACAGCAAACCAAGUCCAGUUUCUUGAGAGAAGCUUCGAGGUGGAGAAUAAGCUUGAGCCAGAGAAGAAAAUCCAGCUUGCAAAAGAUCUUGGAUUGAACCCUAGACAAAUUGCCAUUUGGUUUCAAAACCGGCGAGCUCGGUGGAAGACAAAGCAGUUGGAGAAGGAUUAUGAAGCUCUUAAGGCAAGCUACAAUGGCCUCAAGGCUGACUAUGAGAACCUCCUCCAGGAGAAGGACAAACUUAAAACUGAGGUUCUCUUCCUCACAGACAAGCUGCUCCUCAAAGAGGAAGAGCUAAGCUCCCAAACCUCUGAUCACAAGGAACCAUCUGACCCACCAUCUCAGAUAUCCAUUCCUAAUCCAGCAUCAGAGGAGAAAACACCUAGUGUUACAGUAGUCUGUAAACAGGAAGAUGUCAGUUCAGCCAACAGUGAUGUCUUUGAUUCCGACAGCCCGCAUUUUACUGAUGCAGGCCACUCUUCUCUUUUGGAGCCUGCUGAUUCUUCUCCUGGUUUUGAACCGGACCAGUCAGAUCUAUCACAGGAUGAAGAAGAUAACUUGAGCAAGGGCCUAUUUCCUCCUGCUUACAACUUCCCAAAGCUUGAAGAUGGCCUAUACUUGGACCCACCUGCAAAUUCUUGUAAUUACGGAUUUCUGGUUGAGGAUCAGUCCUGUUGGUUCUGGUCUUAGCGAGUAAUUGCUGGUAUAUAUAUGUAUCUUUCCCUCUCUCCUUUUUUCUGGUAUAUAUCUAUUGUAGAGGCAAUAAAGACCAAUUAAUGGGCACCCCAAACCAGUUGCUGGUGGCCUGGUGGGUUUUGUUCACUGUUGGAAAUGGUGGCUAUUGCACCUUUUGUAAUUUAUCUGUGAGAGGGCUUAUUGGAAGCUUGCUAAGCUUUUUUGUUUGAAUGUACAUGA